CCCCCAUCCGCUGCCACUAUUACCUCCCAGUCCUGCCACGAUGCCUGCAAUGCAGCCCCUGGACAGCAUCAAGCCCCUCAUGCAUGAGCAGAUCUCAGAGCUGCAGAACAAGAUCCAGCUCCUAGAAGGAAACCGGAAAGCCUUUUUUGAGAACUCUCAAUGGAACAUCAAGAAGAACAGGGAGUCAAUUUUGCAACUGAGGCAGAAGAAUAAGAAGCUGCACCAGAAGCUGGCAGAUCUCCUAGCAGGAGAGGAGAAAGUAAUUAAGGCUGCAUUUCAAAAGCAUGCAUCUGAACAAGGCUCUAUGAAAAAUAAAAGCGGAGAAGGUGCUAUUCAGGUAAUCAGCCACCGGCUAUGUGAGAAAAUCAACCAGUUAAAUAACCUGAAGCAUCAGGGGGAGGUGAGGAAGCAUAGACUGGAAGAGCUGCAGCUUCAGUACAGCAUAAGAGCACAAGAAGUCCAUGAUUUGCAAGAACUGGAGGAAGGGAAUGUUGAAGUAGCCAAGACUCUGCGCACACUAGAGAACCGCCUUGAAAAGGCCCGGUUCAAGACCGAGGAGGCAGAACGCAUCACCAGCAUGUACCAGAAGCUCAAAAACCACAUGCAGGAGGAAAGGCUGCAUUUUAAAAACAAACUUGAUGCCUUGGAAGCAGAGAUUUCUGGCCUGUGCCACGAACUCAAGGAUCUGGAGUGUGUGAACACCGAAGCUCAACAUGCUCGUGAUGCAGCCAGGGAGCAGCUCCUGACCCAAGAGGAAACCAUUUACCGAGAACGGAAGCUCCGUGAUAAGAAACUGAAAGACCUAAAGAAACUGACAGAGGAAAAGAGAGUCCAGAAUGAGCGAGCAGAAAGACGACAUUCACAGAAAGAUCACGUUCCAUUCAGAACCGAGGAUCUUCCCAAAGAGCCUCAACAUGCUAAAGCCACUGUCCUGAAAACUAAGCAGGCCAUGUUCAUUACAACAGAGGCCUUUGGCAAGCUUCGAUCAGCCGCUGGCAUCACUGACUCAAAAAAGGUUGUGUCCCACUUCUUGGCCCAGGAAGAGACCUUCAAGCAGCUGGAGAAAAUGAAGAAUGAGAAUGAAGAGGCACUGAUACUACUGAAGGAGGAAAAAGAGGCGCUGCAAACUAAACUCCAGGACCUCAAGUAUUCAGGAGAGGCCCAGCUAGUUGGAACCCAGAAUCUACUGCAGGAACUUCAGGGCCAUCUGGACAGGGAAGAGGUGAGGUGCAACACAACUAGGGCUGAGCUGGACAAGAUUACCCGGCUUCUGCUUAAUGCAAAGGCGGGAGUGGAGCAUUUGGCCUCCAAAGUGCAGCACAUCAAGUUGGAAAGUGGCCGUUUUGCUUUCACCCAGCUGGAUGAGAAUGCCAGUGAUUAUGUGCUUGACCUCUUGGGCCAAACAGAGGAGAAACUGUUGUGCGUGAUGAAGUCCUUGGGGGAUCGAGACCAGAACGAGCUGCUCCAGAGAAUCGAAGAGAUGGAGUUCCACUCAAAGGUGGAGAGGAAGCUGCCUGCCUACAACACCAGGGUCAAGUUGCCCAUCGCUCAGAAAGCAGAUAUGUAUUAUGAAGAGGAGGACAGCGGGGAGGAGGAUGCUGAUGUGGUGACACGAGGAGCCCUGAAGCGUCAAUCUCAGCAAAUCAUUGACACUAAGACCAAACGCCGCACCCGUUACAGAAAGAAGGAUGGGAAUAUGUGACUGCCUCCCCAGGUGUGACCCAACCCAUGACUAUUAAAAGGGCCUACUAAGACCCAGGCCUCUUGUGUGAGCUGCUUCCAUACCACUCACAUACACACACCGCUAUUCCCAUUUGACUGCCCCUGUGUGCCACAUUGGAUGAGGAUGGCAGCACCAGAGGCAGACACAAUCACUGAAUUGGCUGUGUGUGUUACAAUAAACCCUGUGCAGGUUUAAGCUGUCCUUCUGUUUUUUCCUCUACUAGGGGUGGGCUUGAGUUCUGAGGUGGCAGCAGCCAUAAUAAUGACUGGUUCAUGCUGUUGCUCAAAUAGCCAUCAUUGAGGCAUCUCCCUUUGUUGACUGGCCCACACUUCUGGAUUGCCAUUAACUGGACCAAUCCCCCCUGGAUCCAGCUUAACCUACUCACCAUCUCAGUUUCAGAGACUCUUGUCCUGGGCUGUACUCAGUUAAUGGCCCAGGGAACCAUAUGUUGAACUGUCUUCUGGGAUUCCACAUCUCUCUGCCCAGAUGGCACCCUUUGCUUUCCAACCAAAUUUAGGCCAUGCUCCAAGAAAUUGCAUCCCAAUCCACACUUCAUCCUGCACAUCCUACCUCCUAGAGUCAAGCUAAAGAAGGUUCUGGGCCUUCUUCCCAAUUGCUAGGUCACUGUUCCAGCACAAAAUAUGGCAGGCCAGAUUUUUCUUCUUUUGGUUUAUACAUAGGUUCUAGCUCAACAAGAGCUAGGCUGAGAUAUUCGGAGUCUGUUAUUUUAUCUUGUUUUCAAUUUGAAAAUGUUUUUAAAAAAAAUUAUUGUAAACUGCCUUGAAGCACAUGGAAAAGUUGAGUUUAAAUGUCUUCAAGGACAUUAAAGUUUAGGUAUAAACACUCAAGGAGAGGGAGAACUUUUAUAUAAGCUAGUCGUGUUGUCAUAAAUUUUGAAUAUACUUUUCCUGUUGUAGG